GUCUGACCGUGAACCUGUUCAUUUCUAUUCGUUGAAUAUUAUUUGAAAUUGUCAUUACGAAAUUAUUUAUGUUACACAGAAGGCACAUGUGGUGAAAAAAAAAAAACGAAAACCGCUACGGCUUCAGGUCGCUGUUUCGUCGCCAUGCUUUAUGCACUUCUCUACUUGGCGCUGGCCUCAACGGCGAAGGCUUACUACUCGACAAACCCCUACGAGAGGCAUUUGAGAUCCGACGCCGAAUCGAGGGUAGGUUACGCCACCAGCAUCGUCCAUGAUGGCGAUCAAAAAGCCGAGAGCUCCAUCAACGUCGAUUUCGGCAGUUUUGAGGCCCAAAAAACCAACGCGCGUCAGUACAAAGGCAAGGUCAGUUUCAAUCCGAGCGGGGCCCAAUUCUACAACGUCGGGUACAGCGUGAGCUUCAACGGUAAACGGCAGGUGCAGAGAAACCCGGUUCCGAAACGUCAGACUUUGGAGCACGCGGAAAUUAUCACCGGGAGAGCGAAGAAAAACGAGCAAGUGACCGCCCCUCAUACGGAAAACAUAUUUUCGCACGCCCUGGCUGCUCAGAAACACUUGAUAUCCGGUAUUAAGCCCAAAGUGUUCCCCGGUCGACCUCUAGAGAAACCAGGCAGGGGUCUACUAGAGGAAGCCAGCUCGUUCUCCUCUAAAACGCAACAUCACAUCAAAGGACUGGAAAAGACCAAAGCUUUGCAGUUGGCCAAUCGAAAGUAUAAAAACGCUCAGGGUUCAGAUUACAGCAGGUGGAAACACCUGGGCGCCGGGGUGGAGAUAGUCAAGAGCGCUGAAAUUCCAGUUAGUACGAAGUACGUCAACCCGCCUCAAGACGUUACCAAAUUCAACCACGUCGGCGCAUUGGAAAGCAGCCAGCAGUUCGACGCCACCAACGUAUUGGGUAAUACCGAUUCCGAUAUGUUCGGCAACGAUCGACAAAGAAGUUCGUACGUCGGGCAUAACCCUACCAAACUACCGAUGGACAUGUCUUUGUUACGUGACCCGGUCAUUAUAACGAACCCUCAAAACAUCCCGAACGAUCCUAACGUCAUCCCUAUUCACUUCGAUUUGCGAUCCUUGCACUUGGCAACGCCCACUGAAGCAAAUUACAACCCCGUGGAGCAGAACUAUGCUUACCGCGAAGGGAACGAGCCAAGUUUGGACGAUAAUAGUCAAAUUUAUGCGGCAGAAGACGCAUACGAUGACCACGAGACCUCUCAGAGUGAGGUUCAGUACAAAGUGUACGGCAAGCCUCAGCCUCAGCCCUUGGACAGUUUUAGGUACACCAACACGCCGACUAACGUGAAGAAGCCAAAGAAAAGCAACAAACCCAGGGAGCCCAGGAUUGGGAACCACUUCAACAAGUACGGCACGAUCAGGCUCCCGCCUUUGGGUCAAAAGUUCUUUUAAACCGAUGAACUGUAGACGAUCGGUGUUUGUACAUAGUCCCGAGGCAAAUGUCACAUGCCGUUAUUUAUGCUGUUGUUAAUUUAUGUUGUUGAUUUAAAUGUUGUUAGUUGUUGUAAGUGGCGAAGUCUUAAAAGUCUUGAACAUUUGGUAUCGGUAAUAAUCGAUAGUUACUCGCUAGUCAAUUGGUUGUCAAAAAAAGGUACUUUUUAUUUAUACUUAUAUUUUUUUAUUAGUUAACUAAGUUAUAAUACGGCGGACAGAUUCAAAUUUUGCCAAAAGCUUGACAAUAGUUAGUAGAACGAGAGGUCAGACAUCGAAAUCGGUCAAAAACUGUCUGACCAAUGGUCCGACCAAGACAAAUGUGUUAUAACAUAUUGAAUGUUAUUUUCUUUACAAAUCUUCUGGAUUCCUCCUGCGCUUUGAUUCAUCAACAACCGUAGCAGGUGGAAUUCAAUUCAAUUUAUACACAGUAUUAUAGUAGCCUGUGAAUGUUUGUUUAAAAAAUUGACUGUUAUUGUCUCCCGAUAUUUUCCAAAGUCGGAAUUGUAGACAAUCGACAAAUUUGACUUUUCAAUAAAGAGGAUUUGUAAAUAAAAAAAACGUUAUUAACAAAUUAUAUUCAUUUUAAAAGAACUAUACUUUAAUAAAAAUAAAUACUUUUCUCCAAUUCGACCCAAUAUUUUUAACCGGAUUCUUACCAAAAAUUUUUGAUUAUAUUGGUAAAAUAACGCUAAACUUAAAAUUCAGAAAAUGUUUUUUUCAAGCUU